AAAUGUGUGUCGAUAUGUGACAUGCUCCUAUAAACUAUGGUGGUUUCCCUUCGUCUUUUUUUAACAACAUCCUUCGACAAGUUGGCAAUGUAAUGUCAAUAUUCUGUUGCUAGAUGAUGUUGUUUAUCAGGAAUGAGAUAUGAUAUUUAUGGAUGAUUUUCGAUUAUUUUCUGUGUAUUGUUCAUUCAUGAAAUUCAAAAUUUAUCCUGACAAAAUUCGAUUUAAGAUACUUUUAUCGUUAUUGACUUGAUAAUUUGUUUUUGGAGCUCUUAGCGUCAAAACCAAUGGUGUAAAAAAGAUCUCGUGCGAAAUGUUUAUGUUAUGAAAAAGAAGAGAAAUAGAACUUAUAUUACUUUUAUUUAGGUUUUGACUCAUUACAUCAUUGUGAAGUGUUUUCCUUAUUUUAUUGAUUUUAAAGAUUUUUUUAUCUUGUGCUGCUGUGACAUCAAAAUAGGUAAAAAUGUCUUCAAAUGCUGAUUGCAAAGCUAUUGAGAAAGGCUUAAAGGAUAUCAUUUUUGGCAUGUCAAGUAGCGGACAACUUUCUACUCCAGAUUCAAACUUGAACUCUAAAUUGACUUCAGCUUCCUUUACUUAUAAUGAACAGUUUUCAAAUCAAGAGAAAUCUGCUAUAUUUAACAAAAACAAGCUAAAAGGGCCUUUUCCAUUACCAAGUAAUACAGAUUUAUCAGUUAAUGAAACAAGUUCUAGUAAACUUAUUGAUUUAAAUGCGUUGACGGAAUUUUCAGCAAAACACAUAGAUGAUUCAAGUUUCAGAACUGCUACAAAUGAUAUAAAAUUACCCCAUCCCGACCUUGAAGAUGAUAAUCAUUCAACUUCUACAAAUACUGGUGUUUCUGUACUAUUUGAACAAAUUCAAAACUCACCGAAUUUCGGUAAUUUGCCCGAAAACCCUUUGCUGCAUUCCAAUCUUAAAAGUCCCAAAAGGCAAAGCAGAAACAGAGAGUCUCAACACAAGUCCUCUUCUCCUGUUCGAAAACGAAGCACAUCGAAACGAAGAAGGAAAAAGAAAAAAAGCGCCAAACAGAAAGAUUUGCCUGAAACACUGACACCUCAAGAAGGACCUAAAACAAUUACCAAAGUUAUGGAGAGAGAAAGUAAAGAAGAAAUGAUUUAUAUUCAGACUAAAAAAAAAGUUUUUUCUUCAAUUGGGAGAGAAUAUUCCUUAACUUUCGAGAAGAAUGCUUACAAGUUCCAGUGUUACAUUUGCAAUUGGACUAAUGACAAUAAAACAAGUAUCAAUAAACAUCUUUCAUCUAACAAUCACUUGAGAUCUAAAGAGCUCUCUGACAAAGAUAUGAUGCUUCCAUUUCUCCCAAAGCCUUUUCCUUCACAAAUAGAAGCCAUCACUGAGCUUAUAAAUAAAGAAGCUAGUAGAAUUGGUUUGGAGCCGAAAGAUUUAGAAAUUAGAAAAGCAUUAAGCUUAAGAUUUAUUAAAUUUGUACAAGACCAUGUUCCAAGUUGCAGUGUUCAUUUAAUUGGCUCUUCAGCUUAUGGUAUUGGACUUAAACAUUCUGAAGUAGAUUUCAUUGUUAAAGUAGAUGAGGAUGAGCUUGUUCCUGAUGCUUUAGAAGCUCUGUAUAAUGCUGUUAGUAAAGGUGAUGCUUAUGAAAGGGCUAUUCCUGAUUUUAAACAGAAACGACCUCAAGUUCGAUUUGUUGACAAAGAGGCACGCCUGUCUUGUAAUAUACUCAUUGACAACAAUAGCAGCUUAAGAUUAGCAUAUCUGUUAUCCACAUAUUGCAAGUUAGAUGACCGUGUACAAAUUCUUGGUGCUGCUCUGAGAUAUUGGGCACAGCUGUGUCAAGUAGACUUGCAAGACCAUGGCACUCUACCUCCGUUUUCUUAUGCCUUAUUGUUAGUACAUUUUUUGCAGCAAGUGCAGCCACCUGUCUUACCUGUUUUGCAUGAGGUGAAGAAUUUUUCUGGUUCUCCAGACUUUUAUGAUAAAUAUGUAGAGGACAAAGAAUGGAAAUCUCAGAACACAGAUUCUAUAGGAGAGCUAUGGUUAAAAUUUUUCAGAUUCUAUACAUAUGAAUUCAAAAUUGGUGAAAGUGUUGUUUGUAUUCGCUCUUCUAAACGGACAACAUGCGCUGAAAGAAACUGGAAUACAAGAUUUUAUGCAAUCGAAGAGCCAUUUUUAAGGAGAAAUAUUGCAUAUGUUAUACCAACCUUUCAAAUUUGCCAGUAUAUCCAAAACUGCUUUCUUCGAACUUAUCGAUAUUUCGCCUAUCCACAACAGAAAAAAGGGUUCGAAAUUGUUCAUUUGUUAAAAACUGAUGACUUUGAUGCUCUAAAGCUCUCUGAAUAUGUGAAGGAACCUCUACUUAAAGAAGAUGUUUCUGAUGAAUCUGAAGUUUCAGACAAUGAAGAUUCUACUGCUACAGAUUUAUUAAAUAUCAGCCAAGAGUUAGAAGACCAUGACCCUGAUAUAGCUGUUGAAGAUCUAGUAUCAGUUAUUUCAAACAUAUCACUAGAAGAUUCACCAGAAAACAUUAUUGAAGGAGUAACAGAACCAUCAAAUCCUGUUUCAAAUGACGCAGGAUCAACUGUUCAAAAUGCUGAAGAGAAGCAGACAGACAUUUUGCUGAAGGAAAGUCAAACAAAAUUAUCAAAACCAAAUACUCCAGUUUGUCAUUGGGAUACGAAUGGUAAAGAAGUGUCAAAAGACAUGUUUUCCUACAAGUUUGACGUUUCCGUUUUGAAAGGAGAAAAGCCAAUUCCUUUAACAUGCAGAUUAUGCAAGAAGACUGGUCAUCUGAAAAAGGAUUGUCCAGUUGAAGAACCUGAACCUCCUAAACCUUUACCUCCUAUGACUCAGGAAUUUUUAGAAGCUAUUCAUCGUUGUUUGCAAUAUAUUUAUGAGAAAAAUCGUGUAAGUGAUGAUUACUACAAAGAAGUUGAAAAUAGUAUGAAAGAUGUUGAAUCAUCCAUCAAAAAAGUUUUUCCUGAUGCAAAGCUGAGUUUGUUUGGUUCCUUUUGCAAUGGUUUUGGCUUUCGCACAUGCAGUGACAUGGAUUUUUGUCUCACUUUUACUGGACAUGACACUGGAAAAGAUUUGGAUCAUACAGAAAUAAUUAAGAAAGUAGCUGCACAACUUAUUAAGCAUCCAAAGCUUGAAAAUAUUGUUCCGAUUACCAGUGCUAAAGUUCCUAUAGUAAAAUUUGCUUGGAAAGAUUCUGAAAUAGAAGGCGAUAUAAGCUUAUACAAUACAUUGGCUUUGAUAAAUACUCAGAUGCUUGAAGCAUAUAGCAAAAUUGAUCCAAGAGUUCAAAUUUUAGGUUAUGGCUUAAAAUAUUUUGCAAAAACUUUGGGUAUUUGUGAUGCAUCUAAGGGAAGUUUGUCAUCAUACGCAUACAUAUUAAUGGUUAUAUUCUUUUUACAACAAAGAAAUCCUCCUGUAAUUCCUGUUCUUCAAGAGUUGCACGAAGGAGAAAAACCAGUUGAACUUAUAGAUGGCUGGAAUACAUGGUUUUUCAAGGACAUCCAUAGACUGAAAGAUGUUUGGCCUGAGUAUGGAAAAAAUAAGGAACCAGUAGCACAGUUAUGGGUUGAAUUAUUUAAUUUUUAUACUUGUGAUUUUAAUUGGAGGGAAUAUGUAAUUGCAAUUAAACAGAAAAAUCCUUUAAGACGCUUUAAAAAACUAUGGAUAUCAGAGGAACUUGCAAUUGAAGUGAUGGGCAUACGGAGUCCAAAAUCUGAAAAACGAAAACAGAAAGGCAGGAGAAAAUGGAAAACAAAUCCAUAUGUGAUUUCAAUCGAAGAUCCUUUUGAUUUGCAUCAUAAUCUGGGUGGUGGAUUGAGUAAGAAAAUGAACGCAUACAUAAUGAAGACUUUUAUAAGGGGACGGGAGCGUUUCGGAUCACCUUUAAUACAUGAAAGAAUGCAUACACUCUAUAAACAAGAAUUGACUUACUUUUACAAUCGAAACUUUUUAAAUUCUGGACGAGAACCACCUCACGAUCGAGGUUGUGGAAAUUGUGGUAAAAUUGGACAUAAGAGAAAGGAUUGUCCCCAAGAAAAAACUUGCUCUUACUGUAGGAGACCUGGUCAUCUUGUGAAAAACUGUCCUAGGAAACAAGGACAGCCGAAAGACCAAAGAAAUAUGAAAAAGGGAAAUCGCUAUAAUUUUGACUCUCCAAACAAUGAAAGAAAAGGAUCUGUGGAAAAAGUUCAAAAUCAGCGUAUGCCUCAACAUCAUCCAUUAAUGAACAAUGAUGUAUUGAUGAGAACUUUCCCUGGCAUGAAUUCCCCAUUCGAUUCUCAAAAAUUAUUACAAAUGGGUGUUCCCAUGCAUCGUAUGCCUCCCCCAGGUUUUCCUGGUAGGACUCCCGCAAAUCCUCCUCCUGGCUUCAAAAACAAUGCUCAGCUACUUCAAAAACCUGCAGGUUAUGCAUCACCAUUUCCACCCGUACCACCUUUUCCUAGACAAGGGAACAAAAAGGAAGUACUUUCUCAAAGCCCACCUAAACUCUACAGUGGAUCACCGCCCAAAAACUUCCAGCAAAAUAAAUAUCAUAAAGUGCAGGAACCAUCGGGGUGGCCCGUGAAUCCUCGGAAUGUUCCGUUUCAAGUCGAAAGACACCCUAAUCCCCAACGCAUGCAAGGAAAUGGCCGAGGUCAUUGGCUGAAUAAUAGACCUUUACUUCCCCAUCCUGUUCAGCACAAAUCUAAUCAACAUCAGACUAUGGAUCAUAGACGCAAUAGGACCAAUUCUGAUCAUCAGCCAUAUAAUUCAAACUCUGACAAAUGGUCCUCCCGUUGAUGCAAUUAAUUUCUUUUAUUAAUUAGUUGUUGUAUUUGUAAUAUAGAUUCAACAUCAUUGCAUAAAUGACGUUAGUUUCUUUUACUUAAUUGACGAAAUAUUUUUGUUAAGGGCAAUUAUUAUUAUACUAUUUCUUUUAUUCCUGUUGGGGCGUCAUACAGACGAUUUUAUUGUUGAUUUUUUUUUCUCUCAAGCAUUAAAAAUGUAUAUUAUGCUUAAGCAGGCAUAUAUGUAGUAAUGUUUAUUUCCUGACUAAGUAAUUCAUUGAUUAUUUUCAAACUAGUUAUAUUUGUAUAAUUUUUUUCACUAUUUUAAUUAAAUUGAAACUUUCUAAACUUUUUUAUUUAUAAUAAGACUACAGUUAAGUCUUCAAAUGAAGUACAUAUUGUUUUUGCAUUCUCAAAUUAUAUGAAGCAUCAAACAUUGAGAAAUUAAUAAAAUCGGAUUAGAAAUAUGUUUUACAUUUGUGCUAUUUAUUCAAAAUCGUUCUAAGAUUUCCUUUCAAAAUGUAGCUUAAUUUAGCUUAUGUUAGUAUUUUGUCCGGCAUAUAUCUUUUAAUUUGGGUUUAAGAGCUUUGUAUAUGGUUUCAACCAUAAGGAAAAAAAAGGUUAUAAAGUGUUUAAGAAGAUGUAUAUAUAUUUGUAAUUUAGUUGAAAAAUGUUGUAUUUCUUUCUUUAAGAAUAUGUAGAAUGAAUAGAAGUCAAUUAAAUUCUGGAAUCUUUUGUUAUUAUUUCAAGUAUUGAUAUAUUUUAGAAUAGUUUGAAAGAUUUUGUUUUAAACUGUCAGUUUAGGGUAUUUUCUUAAAAAAAAUGCAGGGUAAGGAUCCAUCUGAAUUAAUCAAAGAUUUUUAAAGUCUUGCACUCUUUAUUCUCUCUCUCUCUUAGUAGAAAAUAAUUUUCCAGGAGAACAUGAUAUUUUUUGCUUUUUUUCUUGAAUUGAACCAGGUUUUUAUCUAUUCAGGAAAAACAAAAUUAUAAGACUGUCUAAAUAUGUAAUUUUUCUCAUUUUUUAACAUUUUAAAAAUGUUUUACUAAUAUUAGCAUUUUGUAUUAACGUCAUCUGUUUGCUUUUUUCAUUCAUCUUAGUAAUAAAUUAAACUUAUCUAACAAUUAUGCAUUAUAACUGAAAACUAUUAAUUUUUUUUAUCUGUUUCUUUCACUGAAUGAAAAUAAACAGUGCUACUGAUUUAUAUUGUUUAUUUUCUCCAUUCAUAUAAAAUGCUUGUCAAUUUUAAUGCGCAGUUAUAUUUAAAAAACAUUAGUGUAAAAAUUUACGGAUUAAAUUCAUAAUAAUUAUUCAGUGUUUUGAUAAUGUUUAUUCCAUUUUCCAUCAGAAAACUUUUGUAUAUUAAAUUUUUUACACAUAACUGUAUUUAAAUGCAGCCAUUUAAAUCUUACCUCUCAAUUUAAAAACAAUUUGAAUGCAAUUCAUUGUAAUUGUCAAAUUUACUCUUAACAAAUCAGGUUGAUUAUUUUGUUUUCUACUGAAAAUUAUGUAAAAUAUUAUGAAUAAUUUUAUCUUUUUAUUUACAAUGAAGUAUCAGUAUAUUCUGUACAAUUCAGUAUAAAAAUGUAAAUGAGACAAAAGAUAAUUGUUUCUUUGAACCCUGUGUCAUAUCAAUACAAAUAGUGUUAUUGAUUCUAAUGUUUAUACAUGUUUUUUGUAAUUCUUUUAAUCUUUGCUAAUUGUAAAAAGGCAAAAUAUUAUGAUUUUAAACUUGAUUCAAAAUAAUUCAAAUUUGUAGCUAUAAUUUUGUUAAAAGGUAGAAAUUGUUUAUCUAUCCAAAGUCAUUUUAUAAUUUUUCCAUUCCAGCCUGGGACAUUAUCUAAAUGAUAAUUUAUUUCUUUACAAUGCAGCAGUUAUUAACUUUUUCCCCAUAUCAGUUUAUUUAAAGACUGAAAUGCUUUUGUAAUAAUUGAGCAAAUAUUAUUUAGAAAUGUAAUAAGCAAAUUUUUUCCUCGUCUUAAACAAGAACUAAAAUCUUAUAAUGGACAAGUUUGUUGCAAUAUAAAGUUAUUAGACUCAAGGUAAAUGGGGAAAUAAAAAUGAAAUGUUAACUAAAGUAAAAACAUCAAAAACAAAAUUUUUUUAUUUAUUUAUUUUUUUGUCAACAUCCAAACUUUUUCCAUUAUUCAGUGAUGUAAUUUUAGCAUUGUAUCUUACAUAUUUGAUACACAAUUUGGGGGGAGAAAGGUAAUUUCACUUAACGUACAAAUACUUAUACAGAUAAUACGAAAUAAUAUUUUUUAUUUAAAAAUAAAAUAAGAUUUAAGUUAUUUUUUACUCCAUAUAAUGCGCUCAUUCUCUUUAAAAGCAAUUAGUUAAGCAAUAUAAUUUUUAUAAACUUUCAGAAUUUUUUAAUCUAUUUUAUAAAUUUUGCUCAGGGAAAAAAAACACUUUUUUUUUAUUCAAAAAGUUCCUAAUUUAAAAAAUAUUUUAUUUUUACAAGAUGUUGCUUCAUAUCUUGUAAAAUUACGAAACAAUUUUUAAAAUAAAAUUAUUUACUACUAUUAUUUUUACAUGAUUAUGUAACUUUGCAUACUAAUAAUGUUUUAAAUAUUCUACAAAAAGUAUGCAUCUUUUACUUUAUAAAAAUAUCUAAUAGUCAUAAAAUAUUUAUUACAACCUAGUAACAGUUAAAGAAUAUUUCUUAUUGUUAAAUAUAAACUUUGAUGUAAAAACUAAAUAUUAUAGAGAUAAUUGGUCCUUAAAUAUGCUAAUUUCAUUGUAAUUUUCUCAUUUCAGAAUUUUAUCUAUUAAGCUUAUAAAAUAAUCAUUUUUUAAAAAUAUUAAGUUCGUUGUUUUUAACUGAAAUUUUUGAAACUUUUGAGGUGCAAUAUUUAAUUAUUUUUUUUUUAAAAAUAAAAAAUAUUUUAAUGUUUAAAAUAUGAAUUUAUUUUGUAACUUCAGUUCAUUUUUAUGUGAAGGUAUUCAUGUGUGCUUUAUGCUAAGAAAAAUAAUGCAAUUCACUAUGAAAGGAAUAACAAUUUUAUAUAUUUUACACUUAUUUCUUGACUUUAUAUUUCAACUAAUCACUUUGAUAGUGUUAUAAAUGCUCUUCAUCACAAUGUAAGGUGUCUACUGACUGCUAGCAUUUGCUAAUUAAUUUAUUUGUAUUUUAAUUGGAUUUUUAUGAAUUUUAAUUGAACAUUCUUGUUAUAUGCUCAAUGCAAACAAGCUACUAAUAGCUGUUUUUAUGUGAUGAGAAUUUAAAAUCAUAAAUUAAAUAAAAUUUAUUUAAAUUUGU